UGCAACAGCAUAUCAGCAUAUCGGAAACUCAGCUGUUAGAACAAGAACACCACCAUUAAACUCUGCCACUUUAGGAUUUGUUAAUGUGUCCUUCAGCUACUCCCCAUCAGGUAGCCUCUCUUGGAGUCACCACCUUCACACUGUGCGCUCUCUGCAUCGACCGAUUUCGUGCCGCCACCAAUGUGCAGAUGUAUUAUGAGAUGAUUGAAAACUGCACCUCGACGACAGCCAAGCUGGCUGUCAUCUGGGUGGGCGCGCUGCUGCUGGCCCUGCCGGAGGUUGUGCUGCGCCAGCUGGCAAAGGAGGACCCCGAAUACAGUGGCAGCCCCCCGGGGGAGCGGUGUGUGGUGAAGAUAUCCACUGCGCUACCUGACACCAUCUACGUGUUAGCUCUCACUUACGAUGGGGCAAGACUCUGGUGGUACUUUGGCUGCUAUUUUUGUUUGCCUACCCUUUUCACUAUUACCUGCUCCCUGGUAACAGCGAGGAAAAUCAGGAGGGCAGAAAAGGCUUGCACAAGGGGGAACAAGCGACAAAUUCAGCUGGAAAGUCAGAUGAACUGCACAGUGGUGGCUUUGACCAUUUUGUAUGGCUUUUGCAUCAUUCCUGAAAACAUUUGCAACAUUGUGACUGCCUACAUGUCCACAGGGGUCUCUCGGCAGACUAUGGACCUCCUUCAUCUCAUCAGUCAGUUUCUUUUGUUCUUUAAAUCCUGUGUUACCCCAGUUCUUCUUUUCUGUCUCUGUAAACCUUUCAGCCGGGCCUUUAUGGAAUGUUGCUGUUGCUGCUGUGAAGAAUGCAUCCAAAAGUCUUCAACAGUGACAAGUGAUGACAAUGACAAUGAGUACACCACAGAACUGGAGCUUUCCCCUUUCAGUACCAUCCGUCGUGAAAUGUCCACAUUUGCCUCUGUGGGGACUCACUGUUAAUUGACCUUAGGACUUUAUUUCCUGUACCUUUUUUUUUUUUUUACUUCAUAUUUUUCUUCUUGAAGCAAAAUGUAAGAAAAAAAUAUUGAAAACUACUGUGGAAACCAGUCUGCAUAUUAACAGUUAUGCUUUGGAAAAUUAAUCUGUUUGGCUAUUAAAAUGAAAGAAAGAGAAGGAGAGCCAGCAUUGUUUUAAAUCAUGAUAUUUUGUAUGGUGCUAGGAUUUCAUUGUUUGGGGAGGAGAAUCCGUAUCAGUCCGCUUUUAUUUAUCUCCAUAAUAUUUUCGUGAUAAUCACUGUAAAAUGAUUAUGUAGACAUUGUGGGUUUAGGAAGUUGUUUCAUGUAAAAGAUGUGGUGGAAAGUACUUAAGGGUUGUUUUAAUCCAGUUACUGUACAAUAUUGUGAGAGAACUUGGACUUCAGAAAAUUUAUAAAGUAGCAUAAAAAUAAAUGAGGUUUUAUUCUUUAA